AUGCUUGUGCCGUUAAACAUAAGAAAUUCGAUUUAUGAGUAUCUCCUUAAUGAGGGUGUCAUGACAGCUGUGGAGGAUGUUAGGCCUAAGUGCAUACAUCCUGCUGUAAAAGUGCGGAACCUUUAUGUGAUGAAUGUCAUGAAAUCUCUUGUGUCUCGUGGUUAUGUGAAGAAGCGCUUUGCUUGGAGGACUUUCUACUGGUUUUUGACCAACGAGGGCAUUGAUUACCUUCGGGAGGUUCUUCACCUCCCAACUGAAAUCGUCCCUGCUACACUUAAUAAACCAUCCAUUGACUCCCGAUUUCCCGGUCCUCGUGGCCCUGUGGGUGGUCCUCGCAUGCAACCGGACGGUCGUAGUGCUUAUCGUAUUGGUGCUGUCGGCCAAGUCGAUGCCGCCAAGGAGGCUGCUGUUGUGCCUGAGGGCGAAGUACACUUUCGUGGUGGACCCGGUGGGAGGCCUAUGUAA